AUGCAGGCAGGAUCUGCCAAUGACACUCUUGAUGCUCUGAACAAUCAGCAGGAUGCUGGCUCUGACAUUGACGACUACCCCAGCAGGCCAUUCAUAGGCCCAAGCCCACAAUACUGCCCAAUGAGGGCCCCAAGACCAGUCAUCAUGACCACUCCCACUCGUCGGAACAAGGCAGGCAGCCCCAUGCUGGAGGACCCCCAGGAGUAG